AUUGGCUCCUGUCUGCCUCCGUUUCAUUUUUCCCGCAACAAACAAGUGUGGUCCUCCGUGGGAGUAAGGUACAGCACUUUUAGCAACCAAAAUGACGAAACGAGCUUGUCCUUUUCCGGAAACAUUUUCUUCCCAAUACAAAAUACACAUUGGGCAACAGGAGCUGAAUAAUUACGGCGUGUUUGGGAACAAAUACAGGCAAGAAAUAUACGAAAAGACGAAAAACCUACUCUUCAACGGUGCCAAGGCAGUGGUGGGCAAAAUAUGGACCGGAGAGGAGAAGUCCGUAGAGCAUGAGCCCCCUGCAUGCAGCCAUACGCUUCUGAGGGGCCAGACGCUGAUUGGACAUGAUGGCAGACUCACAAAAACAAGUGGUGCACAAGGUGCACCGGUGCCUGCUACACGUUGCUGUGUCUGUCAGAAGAGCCAGGGGUCCAGAACACGGUGCUCCCAGUGUGAGCGCCAGGUGUGUUCCUCCUGUAGCCGCCAGUGCUCCGGGUGCUCCAGCCUCUGUUGCUCCGUUUGCACCAUCAUAGAUUACAGCGGACGAUAUGAUGAAGUACUGUGCUGCAGCUGCUCAACGUAAAGGGAAGACCAGAGGACGAACCAGAUGUUUGUAUAUGUAGUUGUCUCUUAUGAAAUAUUACUGAGAUUGAAUUUUUAUACCUUGUGUUUUUAUGUGAUCCAGGUGUCUUGUAAAUAUGUAUUUCAUUCUAAAAUAAACUUUAACACUUUUGUAUACAGCUCUUUGUGUCUUGAUUGUGUUAUAGUAUGUGACAUGACAAACGAAAACUAGAGUCGCACAGGUGUCUGUGUUUUGUGGGUACAACCAUCAGCAGGUGGCAGCAAACUUCAAGUACUUGGAUCAGUUCCUCUCAGACUGGGCACAUCCUCUGUGGACAAACACAUUUCUCUCGCUGUGCUAAACAGGCAGAGUUUCAACCUUUUAGUCAAAGUAUGUAAGUUUUUGUCUCUGCAAUGAUAAUGAGAUUCUGAUCCAGCCUUCCUUUUUUUUUUUUUUUUUUUUCCUCUUCACAGCUGACCUUGAGAAUCUCCUAUCAAAUGUAUUUAUUAAAACACAAGACCCAGAGGUUGAACAGAACCAGACCUCUGCAGCAGACGAUUUGGCUGCAGUCGUCCCUGCUGGACACGACCUUGAGGCGCAGUCAUCACUUUCUCUUUGGCUGCUGCGUGUCACUGACGAUGACUGGUUUCAGGGUCAGGUAUUGUGCGCCGUGAGUAAUUGUUCUUGGCGGUCGCUGCGUCUUUACAGAAAUCAAUCAUGUGGCGUGUUUUUACAGAUAUUAGCUUGGAUGAGCACGCUUCCUGGAGCUUGUGGCGAAUGUGCUCUGUGAGCUGUUGAGUCACAUCCCGUGCUCAGCGGGCCAGUUGUGGCUCCGGUCUUAGGGGAGCUCUUGCAGUUGGUGUCCGAGGGCACCGCUUGAUUUCUGGCUGAGUGAGCAGACAGCUGCUGGCAAGCAAGGCGUCAAGUUGUCUGCACAUUUCUUGAUAAGGCUUUAAGAAUCUCGGAGAUGGACAUAAAAGACUUGAAAGAGAGUUGCUUUUGAAGCUGCAUUGAGUUAUAGAUGAGAUUCAGUGCAAAACAUCCUUAAAUUUAAAGCAGAUGGAUAGAUGGUGGUAUGAAUUAAUUUAAUAGGCUGGAUAAAUGUAUAUAAUCCCAAAAUACAGUACUCGUAAAGUUGGAAGAUCUCUCCAUGAUGUAUCUAUACCCGUUAGUUGUUGAGGAUGCUGGUGCUUCCCCACCCUGCAUGUUUAAUGCCAUAAUGGUGUGAUGACUUCAUGUAACUUGAAAACAUAAGAGUGCAGCUGUUCAGGUUUUCAGCACAACCCUAUCCAUGACACCAAAAAUGACAACAAGGUCACGACAUGCUCUCCUCACACCAAGAAUGGUCCACGACUGCGAGGAGGAGAAGAAGCGAGGGGGGGUUACGCACAGUCACCCACAGCGCUCCAGACAGGACCAACUGCGGUCGGCCAGCGGGAGCACGUGGCUUUGUCUUUCACCCAUUCUUUUUGGGGGACCAGCUGUGGUCUGAGUGUGCUGAGCGUUGAGCCCAGUGAUGCUGCUGCUAUAAAUAUGCGUCAACGAGUGUGAGUAAGUGACAGCUGUACAGUGGACCAAGGACACACUGUCUUGGCACUGUCAGGGUGAGCGAGUCCAAAAAAGGCAAAGCCACUGUGAGGGCACUAGUUGAUAUGUAUUUAUGCACUUUGCAGCAGCUGAUGUGUGAUGUUUAGGUUGCUGAUUAUUAUUAAUGCCUUCGAUCCUGCUUUUAAGCGUGGGACCAAACCACGCUUAAAAGCAGUGGUUUUAACCCUAACCCCCCCCAAUCAUGUCAGUUGGGGAGUAAAUGAAGAUUUCUUUACUGGAAAGUGUUUCGAUUUUUCUGAAAGUCGAAAUAACGUGCUCCUUCAAAAUUAAGUGGAUGAUAACAAGAUGCGCGUGUGUGUUAAUAUGGAAAGGGAGAGGGUGGGUGGAAAAAGUGUUUGUGUGCGUGCGUGCUGUCUGUACACAAGUGCAUGUGUGACUGUGUUUGUGUGCCCUUUUCAAGUGUGACCACCUGUCUUUUGUUAAGAAAUAAAUAAAUAAACACAGGCCACACCAGCUGUCCCUGGCAGUCUGUCCCUUCAGAGGUCAAGGGCUCCCACCGCUGGCCUUGUUGAGGUGGUGGACACUUACAACUUUCCUCUCAACUUCUCUCAAGUAUCUCUAAACACCACGCGCACACACAAAAGCACACAAGCAAAGGCUCUUGGAGGCAAAUGAGCUAAGCUUUGAGCCUCAGAGAGGAAUGUUUUAUUACACCAUUGAGUUACACUGCACAUAUCCCAGCUCGUCACCCUGCAGCUAAGCCCUAUCACAUGGCCCCUGCUUUCCAUGUGAAGGUUUUGGUCCAUAACACACACACACACACAUUCAGUCACCAGGCAGUUUUAAGCCCUGGGUCUCAUUUGGCAGAUGCGAGAUGUUGGUGCCAGUGGGAGCUCCGAGGCCUCGCUGCUGUGGAUGUUUACAGGUUGAGGUGGCCACCGUGUUGCAGAGGGUCCUUAUUUGCUGUGAGCUGGCUGGGGCUUUUUGGGGGGAGAGGAGGGAUGUUUAUAAACGAUCUUGGGAGGACGUUGUUUUCUUUAUGUCGGAGCUGCCUGGCCAGCGCCGCUGUGUCGUCUGUUUGUGCAUAAAGUACGUGCUGGGGAGCUGGGCCAGACAAUAGCCUGGCUGAGCUACUACCCACGCGCACAAUAGAGUGGUGAGAUGAGGCCGAGGCUUGGGGCCAUGGUUUUGGGGACUGUGGGGGUGGAGGCAGGGGCAGAUGGAUGCAGCCCUUGUCUAUAUGGCGUUCCCAGAAAGGGUGAGAUGGGAUUUGGGGGAGGGUGGUGGGAACCCGAGCACAUCCCUAUUGGGAUCACGUAGCAGAGCAGCUGGAUUUCUUUCAUGGUGCAGCAGGGAAAUAAUUAAAAGUUCUCGCCAUUGAAAAUGUCCAGUGAAUUGGCAUGAAGUUCCUUGCAGACACACACACAGACAUUGGUUAAUGUGUUUAUACACACAUACGUGUAGUUUGUUGUAGCAGGAACAAUCAAGUUGAGUUUAAGUAAUAAUUACAAGAGAGCCAACUGGGUUUGUUUAUGCCAGGUUUAUCUCCUUUGGAGAGUACUGGCAACAGGUCAGAAAACAAUAGGGGCCCCAUCCUGAAAUUGCUCUGUCCUUGAGUUCAGUUUAUGGUUUCAGAGGGAUCGGGCCUGUAAGACCAGCAGUAUUAUCACAUUGUGUUGUCUCUGUACACAUUGCAGCGAUGCCCACACACACCGUCUGCCUGAUUGUUGCUCCUAUGUGUCAGGCGAGGGCUCCUCGAUAACGUUCUUGGGUUGUCAGAGUCUACUUUUAUGUCCUUGAUAAAUUGUCAGUAGUAGCUGGAAAGUAGCUAGAAAUAACCAAACUCCACACCAAAAAAGAAAGUUGUUCCAUUUAAUUCUAAUCUUAAUAAAGACCUAAAUCAAGAUUGUCACAUUUCCACAGCACACACACACAAGCACACUCG